GGGGGGGGGGGUCUGGGAGUGCUGUUGUACUGGCAGGAGAGAGACACCAGUGCACCCAGUCUCCCCUCGGACCAGUUCAGUAAAUCCCACCUAUGUGGAUUUCAUAUGUUAUUACUGGCAGCCAGGAAGAUCAGGUGACAGAGUGGACACAAAGACUGAAACAGUUUCAUGGUUUCACGUUAUGAAACACUGACUGUGUGCUGUGAGAGAGCAGAGAGAUUGACAGUGUUUGUGGAUCUGCGGGAGGAAGAAGGAGGUGAGGGAGGAUGAGGAGGAGAGGGGAGCAGAGGGAGGACAGCGCCACACUCAUCGCCAUGGAAACCAAGCCGGAGAACAACUACGGCAGCAUCGCCAUGAAUGCACCUGUUCAGCCUCAGAACAGGAACGUGUUCAGUGACGGAUCGACUCGAGUUGAUUUUGUGUUGGUGUGGGAGGAGCCUCUGAACUCACAGGAGGAGAGCACAGGUGUUAGCCCCGCCCACAGGAAGUGGAGGGAGACAUUUCUGAACAAACUGAGAGGCUCCGGACUGCUGCAGGAGCAGAAGGAGGUCCUUCAGACCAAGACGAAGAUCUGUUUUGUCCUCCUCAGUGCUCCGUGGAGCGUCCUCUGUUACUACGCUGAGGAGAUCAGUCUCAGAGUCCCUCUGCAGGUGGUCACCGCUCCAAUCAUUAACUGGUCUGAGCAGGUCCUGUCCCAGCUGUCCCUACCCAAUCCUCUGUCUCAGGACGUCCCCAACCCCCCACCUGACUACUACACCUGUCAGUUCAGGACCAACAAGCUGCAGAGGUUUCUGGGCAGCGACGACAGAGAGACGUUCUUCAAGACGACUCAGAGACACCAGGUGCUGUAUGAGAUCCUGGCCAGGACUCCGUACGGUUCGGUGAAAAGGGGGAAGGUGGGAAUCGACCGACUGCUGAGUGAGAAGGUCUUCACUGCUGCCUACCCGCUGCAUGAGGGUGGUUUCCAGCCUCCGACCCCCCCGGUGCCCCCCCAGUCUUUAGGUCUGAGACAGAUCCUGUAUGUAUACUGGGCCCAGUGGUCCUGCUAUAGACGCUACCAACCUCUGGAUCACAUCAGGGAGUACUUUGGAGAGAAGAUAGCACUUUACUUUGCUUGGCUCGGUUUCUACACUGGCUGGCUGUUGCCGGCGUCUCUCGUUGGGACUGUGAUCUUCUUGUUUGGGUUCUGGCUUGUGGCCACUGAUGUUCCAGCGAAGGAGUUGUGUGACAGUGGAAACAGCUUCAUCAUGUGUCCUCUCUGUAACAUCUGCUCCCAAUGGAACUACUCCAGCAUCUGUGUCACCUACAAGGCGGGUCUUUUGUUUGAUAAUGGAGGAACAGUGUUUCUAAGUGUCUUCAUGUCUCUGUGGGCCGUCACCUUCCUGGAGUACUGGAAGAGAAGUUGUUCAGCUCUGUCUCACCGCUGGGACUGCUCCGAAUUUGAGGACAUUGAGGAGCGACCUCGUCCAGAGUUCACCGCCAUGGCGCCCAUGACCAUGAGAAACCCGGUGACCGGAGCAGAGGAACCUUACUUUCCUGAAAAUAAACGACUCAACAGAACUCUGACCGGCUGCAUGGUCAUCAUUAUCAUGGUUGCUGUGGUGCUGAUGUUCCUCAUCGCCAUCAUUCUGUAUCGCACCAUCCUCAGCAUCAUCAUCUACAAGUCUGGCAACAGCUUCAUCAGUUUCUCUGCUGGGAGAAUAGCCAGUAUUUCAGGAUCUGUGUUGAACCUGCUGGUCAUCCUCAUGUUGUCCAGAGUUUACACAUCACUGGCCCACAUCCUCACCCGCUGGGAGAUGCAUCGGACUCAGACUAAAUAUGAAGACAUGUUCAUCCUCAAAGUUUUCAUCUUUCAGUUUGUCAACUUCUACUCGUCUCCAGUUUACAUCGCCUUCUUCAAAGGCAGGUUCGUUGGUUACCCUGGAAACUACAACACUCUGUUUGGAGUUCGCAACGAAGACUGUGGAGCAGGCGGAUGUCUCAUUGAGCUGGCUCAGGAGAUGCUGGUCAUCAUGGUGGGAAAACAACUGAUCAACAACAUCCAGGAGUUCAUCACCCCGAAGUUGAAGUCGUGGUGGCAGAAGAAGAAGAUAAGUCCACGGCUAAAGGAGGAAGGAGAGGAGGUGAAGGUGGAGGAAGGAGAGGAGGUGAAAGAGGAGCAAGAGGUGGAGCUUUCUCCCUGGGAGGCAGACCACCAGCUGCUGGUCUGUGAGGGACUCUUCAGCGAAUACUUGGAGAUGGUGCUUCAGUUUGGUUUCAUCACCAUCUUCGUGGCGGCUUGUCCUCUCGCUCCUCUCUUCGCUCUUGUUAAUAACUGGGUGGAGAUUCGUUUGGACGCUCAGAAGUUUGUGACUGAAUAUCGCCGCCCGGUGGCGGAGCGAGCCCAGGACAUUGGCAUCUGGUUCCCCAUCCUGCAGUUCAUCACACAUAUAGCCGUCCUCAGCAACGCUUUCCUCAUUGCGUUCACCUCAUCCUUCCUGCCUCGUCUGUACUACCGCUACACCAGAGACAGCACACUGAGCGGCUUCAUCAACUUCACGCUCGCAACAUCACCACGCAACUACACCCAGCAACACCAACACACAUCCUGCAGGUAUCGGGGUUUCAGGGACGAAGACGGUGAAUACCUCCCAGAGUACUUUCACCUCCUCGCCAUACAACUCAGUUUUGUCAUCGUGUUUGAGCAUGUAGUCUUCUGCAUCGGCCGUCUGAUCGACCUGAUGGUCCCUGACAUCCCCGAGGAGGUGGAGAUGAAGAUGAAGAGGGAGCACUACAUGGCUAAAGAGGCGCUGGCUGAGAACCAGUCUUUGGGGACAACAAUGAUUCCUAGUGAGAAGGAUGUCAUGUCCAGCAACCUGCGACAGCGUGGUUCCAGAUCCUCACCACCACCGCAGAGCGACUCCCCUCCACCGAACCUGAGGGAGAUCCCAGAGGAACCCGAUACACCGGACAGCUGCUGAAAUAUAGCGCGAGUGAACUUUGUGCUGCAUGACUUCCCACUACCUUAAUGUCCACAUCUACUAGACUGAGCUUCUCCUUUUGAUCAACCACUCUGACAAAUCUACAACACCACUGUGAGACCACUACAAGAUCUACAAAACUGUGGUGAAUCCGUACAGGUCCUACAAGAACUUUGCAAGACCUACAAGAUAUAGAGCUACAAGAUCUAGAGAUAUCUAGAGGAUCUACCAAACCUCUGCUAGGCCUGUAUAUGAUCUACAAGACUGCUAAACCUCUACAAGAUCUACAAGUGCUGUGUUAAACCUCUACACAUCCUCUGUAAGAGGUCUACAAGAUCUGCAACACCUCUUGUCUACAGGCUCUACAAGCAUUGUGUUGAAUCUUAACAUGUCCUUCAAGAACUCUAUAAGAUGUCUACAAGAUCUAAAAGACUUCUGCUGGAUCUUGACAAUAUCUGCAAGACAGCUACAAGAUUUACAAGAGUAGUGCUAAAUCCAUACAUGUCCUUCAAGAUGUCUAAAAGAUCUCUGCCAGACCUGUACACGAUCUACAAGAGUUGUGUUAAACCUCUACAUGUCCUACACCAGCUCUACAAGACCUAUAAGAUGUCUGCUAAAUCUUUACGAGAUCUACAAGACCUAUGGUAGAGCAUUAAGAUCUACAAGACUUCUGCAAAACCUGUACAAGAUCUACCAUACGUCUGUUAGACAUGUACAAGAUCUACAAGGGUUGUGUUGAAUCCUUACAUGCCCUGCAAGAGGUCUGAAGUGCAAGACCUACAAGACCUCUGCUAGACCUCUGCAAAAAAUCUACGAGACGUUUGCUAGACAUCUACAAGAGCUACUGGAGUUGUGCCAAACCGAUACAAGAGCUGCAAGACCUCUGUUAAACCUGUAACAGACCUGCACAAAAUCUGCUAGAACUUUGCAAGACCUACAAGAUGUAGAGCUACAAGAUGUAGAGAUAUCUAGAGGAUCUACCAAACCUCUGCUAGGCCUGUAUAUGAUCUACAAGACUGCUAAACCUCUACAAGAUCUACAAGUGCUGUGUUAAACCUCUACACAUCCUCUGUAAGAGGUCUACAAGAUCUGCAACACCUCUUGUCUACAGGAUGUACAAGAAUUGUGUUGAAUCCUAACAUGUCCUUCAAGAACUCUAUAAGAUGUCUACAAGAUCCUCAAGACCUCUGCAAAAAAUCUACGAGACGUCUGCUAGACAUCUGCAAGAUCUACUGGAGUUGUGCCGAACCCGUACAUAUCCUACAAGACCUACAACAUGUCUGUGAGAUCUCGAGAACAGCUGCAAGACCUCUGUUAAACCUGUAAAAGACCUGUAUAAAAUCUACAAGGGUUGAGUUGAAUCUCUAGACAUCCUAAAAGACCUUCAAGGCCCCGCCAGAUCUCCACAAGGCUGACAAGAUCUCUACAAGUGCUAAAAAUAGUUGCGAUGCCCCCAAGAUAUCUGAGCUUCCAAGAACUCUAAAAGGCCUAGGCCCUAGGUUCUUGAGAUAUUAGACCUGGACAUGCAGGAGCUUUACAAGAACACAAGACCUUUACUAUUGCCCUAAAACCUUUCAAAAACUCUGUAAAGGCCGCAUGAAGCCUACAAAAGCUCAGAGAUCACAAAAAGAAACCCUUCAUCAUGUUCAGCUGUACUAUGCUGCUCAGUCCGAGAUGUCUGUUCACCUCUGCUAUCAGAUUACGAUGUAAAAUGUUGGUGUAUAAAAUGUUAGAAGCACUUUUUAAUGUUUGCCACGAUUAUAUAGUUUGUUGUUGGUGCAGCUCUUUCUCAGGAUGAAUCAGUUUGAGGACCUGUUGCUGUACAUCGCAGUCAUUCGUCAUCAAGUCACUGCGCGCUAAAAGCUCUCAGAACGAACAUUAAUUUACGAACUCGUCAGUCCUCUGUUACUGAGUAGACAGACUAUAAUUGUAUCAUCUAUACUGUGUCUUAAAAAUCAUCAGCACAGCAAAUCAAAUGGAAGAGAGAUUCAAAAAAGAUCCCUGACCCGAUUUAUAGAUUUUUUUAUGCACUUAGGUAGGUAUUAUAAUGUUGUUGCUGAAUAUAUGAUGUAAAUAAAUGUAUUACAGGA